AUGGGGAGUAAAUGGAGGAAAGUGAAGCUUGCACUUGGUUUGAAUCUGUGUUUGUAUACUCCAAGAAAUAAUAUAGCUGAUAAUGAUGAUGAGGAUGGAUCUUUGCCGCCGUCUUCUGAUAGACACUCAGACGCUGCUAUGCUGUCGCCAGUGGCGAACUGGACCUCAGCUCCGCCGACGCCCGGGUCGAAUAGGCUGAAGUUUUCCAAGAGCUUGAGUAGAUCUUCUUCUAAGAAAACCUGCUCAAUUUGUUUGACAUCAAUGAGACGAGGAGAUGGCCAAGCAAUAUUCACUGCCGAGUGUUCACAUUCCUUUCAUUUCCAUUGUAUUACUUCAAAUGUGAAACACGGCAACCGAAUUUGCCCAAUUUGUAGAGCAAAGUGGAAAGAGAUUCCUUUGCAAGGUCCGAGCCUGGAUCCUCCCCUGAGAAGGGCGAGAGUCAACCCUGUUGAUUGGCCUCAAAACAAUGCACUGAUGACAGUAAUCCGUCGAUUGCCACCUCCUCGUUCAAAUUCUAGUAGAAAUGUUGCACCACUAUUUCAGGCUCCUGAGCCAGCAAUCUUCAAUGAUGACGAAUUGUUGGAUCAUGAAAUUGACUCCACUGAGAAAAGCUCUUCAAACGAGAGUCUUGGGGAUUGUAGCGAACAAAGAAAAGUUAAAAUGAAGACGUUUACGGAAGUUCCAGCGGUCUCACAGUCAAACACUUCAGAAAAAUUCAGUGUCUUGAUUAAUCUAAAAGCUCCUGCAUCGAACUCUUGGCAGAAUCCCGGCGGAAACCAGGCUAAUAUGCCCCAAAUCUCUCAAACACCUCGAGCUCCUGUUGAUCUUGUUACAGUUCUUGACAUUAGUGGAAGCAUGGCAGGCACUAAACUUGCAUUACUAAAACGAGCUAUGGGGUUUGUGAUACAGAAUCUUGGUCCCAAUGACAGGUUAGCAGUCAUUGCCUUCUCUUCAACAGCCAGACGCCUCUUUCCCCUUCGUAGGAUGUCUGAAACAGGACGGCAGCAAGCAUUACAGGCUGUUAAUUCUUUAGUCGCCAGUGGAGGGACAAAUAUUGCUGAAGGUUUGAGAAAAGGUUCCAAAAUAAUGGAAGAUCGGAGGGAAAAAAAUCCAGUUGCCAGUAUAAUAUUAUUAUCUGAUGGGCAAGACACGUAUACUGUCAAUAAUACUGGUGGCAACCAGAAUCAACCAAAUUACCAGUUGCUCCUGCCUGUUUCUAUGCACCCUGAGGAUGGUUCAGGUAAAAUGGAAAUGGUAGAAAUUGAGGGGAAGAUGCAGGGAUGGCUUUAUCUGAUUCGAUUCAACCGUUUUGGGAUGCAAUAUUCACGUAAAAGGUAUUUCAUUCUUGAAGACAAUUGCCUUAAGAGCUUCAAAUCAAUUCCCACGUCUGAGACAGAGGAGCCUGGGAGAAGUGCAAUAAUAGACUCCUGUAUUCGAGUUACAGAUAAUGGAAGAGAGAGCCACCACAGAAAAGUAUUUUUCAUCUUCUCCUUGUACAAUACUUGUAAUCAUAAAGAUCAACUGAAGUUGGGGGCAAUCAGUUCAGAAGAAGCUGCUAGGUGGAUUUGUUUUUUACAGGAUGCUGCAGUUAAUCCUGUUAAAAACUUAAAAGCCUCUUCAAAAAGGAAAUGGCAACCUUUUAGCUUGAGCGUUUCGAAGAGAAUGGCAAACAAAAGUUCCAUUAAAUGGACUUCUCUAUCUUCUCUGCAAGUGGAUGCUAUGACAUCCGACGUAAUUGCACCCUCACCUUGGAAAAUAUUUGGCUGUCGAAAUGGGUUACGGCUCUUCAAAGAAGCAAAAGACAGAGAUUCUAAUGGGAGGCACUGGGGCGAUCACCCUGCAAUAAUGGCAGUUGGUGUCAUCGAUGGAACAUCGGAAGCUGUUUUCCAUACCGUUAUGUCACUCGGUCCCUCCAGAGCAGAAUGGGAUUUUUGUUUCUAUAGAGGCUGUGUGGUUGAGCACCUCGAUGGCCACACGGAUAUAAUUCACAUCCAAUUAUCUAACCAUUGGCUACCAUGGGCAAUGAAAAGAAGAGACUUGCUGCUUCGGCGUUAUUGGAGAAGAGAAGAUGAUGGAACAUACGUAAUCCUCUAUCAUUCCAUGUUCCACAGAAAGUGCCCUCCUCAACGAGGAUAUGUUCGCGCUUACGUUAAAAGUGGUGGAUUUGUGAUAAGUCCUGUGAAACAAGGUAAAGAGUGUGUUGUUAAACACAUGCUGGCUGUUGAUUGGAGAAUCUGGAAAGCUUAUCUAAUGAAAGCAUCUGCAAGAACUAUAACUAUCAGUUUUCUUGAGAGAGUGGGAGCAUUAAGAGAGUUGUUCAGAGCAAAAGGCGAAAAUAGUUGCCAUGAAUUUUUAUCAGAAGAGAUAACAAGAGAAAUCGGGGUGCCUCAUUGUGAAAAGGAGAAUAUCAAAACUGAAAUUGACUUGAUGGGGAUGGAGAGUGUAACAGAAGAUGAGCCACGACCUUCAAGUCUUAUGGGACUGAAUGAUGCAGUAGAUGAAUUUUUCGAUGUUCCUGAACCAUCCAAUGAUGAACGAUCCGAGAAUGAGUGGCCUUUGUUCAUGAGUCCAGAAUUAUGUUACAUGGAUAAGUACCAGGCUAAAUUGCCAUCUGCUGCCAAUUUCGUGAAAAAAUUACAUGAUCUUGCAGUCCAAAAAAAGGGUUGUUAUAUGGACUUGCAAGAUAUGUCUUUGGAAGACAGCACAUCAUGCAGUUAUGGAGCCACACUACCAAAAGAUAUAAGUUUGAAUAUGCCUUGUAGCUGGGCAGCUGCUGAUCCAUCCUCAUUUUUGAUCCGCGGUGAUAAUUAUUUAGAAGAUCGUCAAAAGAUCAAAGCAAAAGGUACUUUGAUGCAAAUGGUUGCUGCAGAUUGGAUAAGAUCAGACACUCGUGAAGAUGAUCUUUCCAGUCGCCCUGGAGGCAUUGUUCAGAAAUAUGCAGCUCGAGGAGGACCGGAGUUCUUUUUUGUCAUUAACAUUCAGGUUCCGGGAUCAACUCCACAUAAUCUGGCCCUAUAUUACAUGCUAACAACUCCCUUGGAAGAAACGCCUUUGUUAGAACGCUUUGUCAAUGGAGACGAUGCUUUUAGGAACUCAAGGUUUAAGCUUAUCCCAUACAUUUCAAAGGGAUCUUGGAUAGUAAAGCAGAGCGUUGGAAAGAAAGCUGGCUUGGUAGGUCAAGCACUCGAAGUCCAUUAUUUUCGAGGAAACAACUACUUGGAGCUUGAUAUUGACGUUGGAUCAUCGACAGUAGCGAGGGGCGUAGUUAGCCUGGUUCUCGGAUACCUUACCAAUCUUGUCAUAGAAAUGGCAUUUCUAAUACAGGGUAACACGGAGGAAGAACUGCCAGAAUUUCUGCUCGGAACGUGUCGGCUUAAUCAUCUAGAUGCCUCAAAGGCAGUUUCUACAGAUUCCAUUGGAAUUAGCUAG